UAAAAGGUUGGACUUGAGAAAGUAUUCGCGACAUUAGAUCAAGGGGCCGUUAGUUCUAAACAUAGUUAGCCUAGCUCUCUAGUAAACCCCUCGUGACGUUUCGCCCAAUUUACAAGAUGAAGCUGAACACUGGUGUAGUCUUGCUGGUUGCUUACACCUGCGUUGUUCUUGGAACCACACAAGUGAAAUCAGAAGAUCAAUGCGACUUUUCUGGAGUCAACGCCGAACGGAUGAUAACAAAUAUCCUUCGGAAGCUGCCAUCCUCGUAUACAGACCCGGACAUGCGACCAGGUGAAAUAUUUCUCGGAAUUACUCUUGGUGCUCCUGUGCUGAAGGGUGCCAACAUUUUCAAACUCUACGGUCCCGUCUCCACCUACUGCCGCGACGAUGACAGACUCGUCAAAGUAGAUAUCGUCGCUGACUAUCCCAUGGAGUUCUCCGCACCGUGGAAAAUUUGUAGCGGAAAAGAGGGAGUCGUCGGCAUCCACGGAACGGCCAGAGUCACGGUGACGUUCGAGGUGGCCAACGCGACUGCUCAAGAUGAAGCGAAUACAGAAAGAAAGCUGGUUCUUGACGGCGAAUUGAUGCCAGUCAACGCCCGUGUCAAUGCCGUAUACCUGCGAGGUGCCGGGGAAAUAUUACAGAACGUCGUAGGAGCUUCAAGAAUAUUCUUGCCAGGUAUAUCCGCUGAGGUAUGGGAGAGUACGAUGAAGUUUGUACUCCGCAAAAUGCUUAAGGAGGCGACCGAACACUCAUGACGGGGUUUAAAGGGAGACUGAAUUCCGCCCCAACUCUGGCUUGCCAGUAUCUCAUGUAUGUAUCUAAUGUGGAAACACGGAAAUGCGCAAAUUUUUUAUACACCCGAUCGUCAAUAAAAGAUGUGAUAUUGUCGCA